AUGGAUUCCGAGAAGGGUUCUGCCCAAACUCCUCAAAUGUUCCGGGUUGGCAAGCAGAAGAGAUCUCGAUUCUUUUUCAUGCUGUGUGUUGGUUUUCUGGCUAUCACAUGUGCAAUUCCCGUCAUUUUUGGCAUGGGUGUUGUUAGCGCAGUCUAUGCCAACCUCCAUUUCCUGCGGCUAAACGAGACUGUCGGUUUUCGUUCAAGUGAUCAGGUGCACAACAUUGCUCGCCAUCUCGAGAGCACCGGUGGUUCAUACCCAAUCUCGACUAAGACGGCUCUAUCUACAAUUUACGGUGUCAGCUACACCUCGAAUGCUGAUGUGGUCACCGAGGUUGCAACCGUUACUGGAACCCGCUAUGUCACUGUACCUGGCGAAACCCUGUCUGUUUCUGUCACCACACGGGAGAGCACUAUCGAAUACUGCGAGGUUCAGGUCGUUACCAUGACCGAGAGCUACACGGUCACUGUACCUAACGACAAGGUCUCCCAGAGCUCCUCGGGUGAUGCUGUUGGAGCCACCGUGACCGGCAACCCAGAGACUGUGACCGAGAACAAGACUGAUUUCUCUCUUACCAGUGGUCCAUCCGAUGCAGUCGUUACCGGUAACCCAGAGACUGUGACCGAGAAUGAAACUGAUUUCUCUCUCACCAGCGGUCCAUCCGAUGCAGUCGUUACCGGUAACCCAGAGACUGUGACCGAGAAUGAAACUGAUUUCUCUCUCACCAGCGGUCCAUCCGAUGCAGUCGUUACCGGUAACCCACAGACCGUGACUGAGAGCAAAACCGACUUUUCUCUCACUGUUGGUUCAUUCGAUGUCCUCACCACCUCCAGCCCUGAUACCACCACGAAUACUUUCGAGGUCUCCUCGCCCGUCCCCAAACCGCACACAACUAUUACCAUUCAAAGUCUCUAUCCACCUCGGCAAGGUCUGAGCACUGUCACCCAGUACACCACUGUUGAGAAGACCAUCACAGCUCCCGACUCAUUCAUCACUGUCACUUUGACUAGCAAAUGCCCAGAAUGUUCACCCACCGUGUCCGUUUCUCCUACCAGUAGUACCACAACGACUGUUUACGAAACUGCUGGUGUGCCCCCAACCUCUACAACAACUAUCAUGGUUCCGCCUCCUGCUUACCCACCCUACCCAACCGCCAACAAUACCUUACUACCAGGUCCAUCCGGUAGUGUUACUGUUGUGCCUACUGUGCCUACUCCAACCCCUGUUGCCGUCUCAGGAGGCACCAAGAAGCCCGAGCCUCGUGGGUGGGGAGGUACCAGCGGCACCACCAAUCUUAGCUGCACCGUUAUGUUGGUGGCCAUUAUCAUGUUUGCAUUCUGA